GGACCACCGCACGACGGCCACCGCCCGUCUCCUCCUCAUAUCCUUCCCGCUGUCGCCGGCCUCCAUACUUGGUUUGCAAACCAUCGCAUGGCCGUGGAUGGGGAGCACGCUCGUGUGGCAGGCGAGUGAUCGAACCAUGGGCACGUAACAAAAGCAAGGAAGCCAGCGAGUGAAGAAGGACGGAAGAUGUCAAACCCGCCGCCAAAGAAGGCGAUCCGGAAUCCCGGCGGCGGCGCUGGGGGGCCGGCGGGCGGCCCGCGGGGGCCGGCGGGGAACACGGUGAAGUUCGCGCGGCGGACAUCGAGCGGGCGGUACGUGAGUCUGUCCCGGGAGGACAUCGACAUGGAGGGCGAGCUGGCGGCGGAUUACACCAACUACACGGUGCAGAUCCCGCCCACGCCCGACAACCAACCGAUGAUGGACCCGGCGUCCGUGGCCAUGAAGGCCGAGGAGCAGUACGUCUCCAACUCGCUCUUCACCGGCGGGUUCAACAGCGUCACGCGCGCCCACCUCAUGGACAAGGUCAUCGAGUCCGAGGUGACGCACCCGCAGAUGGCCGGCUCCAAGGGCUCCCGCUGCGCCAUGCCCGCCUGCGACGGCAAGGUCAUGCGCAAUGAGCGCGGCGAGGACAUCGACCCCUGCGAGUGCAGAUUCAAGAUCUGCCGCGACUGCUACCUGGACGCACAGAAGGAAGGCUGCCUCUGCCCGGGGUGCAAGGAGCACUACAAGAUCGGCGAGUACGCCGACGACGACCCCAACGACGCGUCCUCGGGGAAGCACUACCUGCCAGGGCCGGGCGGCGGCAUGAUGAACAACAGCAAGUCUCUGCUGGCGCGGAACCAGAACGGCGAGUUCGACCAUAAUCGGUGGCUCUUCGAGAGCUCCGGCACCUACGGCUACGGCAACGCGUUCUGGCCCAAGGGCGGCAUGUACGACGACGACCUGGACGACGAGGGCGGCCCCGGCGGCGGUGGAGGCGACGGUAUGCUCCCGGAGCAGAAGCCGUUCAAGCCGCUGACCCGCAAGAUACCCAUGCCGACGUCCAUCAUCAGCCCCUACCGGAUCUUCAUCGUCAUCCGGAUGUUCGUGCUCAUCUUCUACCUCACGUGGCGCGUCCGCAACCCCAACAUGGAGGCGCUCUGGCUCUGGGGCAUGUCCAUCGUGUGCGAGCUCUGGUUCGCUUUCUCCUGGCUGCUGGACAUGCUCCCAAAGGUGAACCCCGUGAACCGGAGCACGGACCUCGCCGUGCUCAAGGAGAAGUUCGAGACGCCGUCGCCGUCCAACCCGCACGGCCGCUCCGACCUGCCGGGGCUGGACGUGUUCGUGUCCACGGCCGACCCGGAUAAGGAGCCGGUGCUCACCACGGCCACCACCAUCCUGUCCAUCCUGGCCGCUGACUACCCGGUGGAGAAGCUGGCGUGCUACGUGUCCGACGACGGCGGCGCGCUGCUCACCUUCGAGGCCAUGGCGGAGGCUGCCAGCUUCGCCAACAUUUGGGUGCCCUUCUGCAAGAAGCACGACAUCGAGCCCCGCCAGCCGGACAGCUACUUCAGCAUCAAGGGCGACCCGACCAAGGGCAAGCGGCGGUCGGACUUCGUCAAGGACCGCCGCAAGGUGAAGCGGGAGUUCGACGAGUUCAAGGUGCGCAUCAACGGCCUGCCCGACUCCAUCCGCCGGCGCUCCGAUGCCUUCAACGCCCGCGAGGACAUGAAGAUGCUCAAGCACCUGCGCGAGACCGGCGCCGAUCCGGCCGAGCAGCCCAAGGUGAAGAAGGCAACGUGGAUGGCGGACGGCACGCACUGGCCCGGCACCUGGGCCGUGUCGGCGCCCGACCACGCCAAGGGAAACCACGCCGGCAUCCUACAGGUGAUGCUGAAGCCUCCUUCUCCCGACCCUCUGUACGGGAUGCACGACGAGGAGCAGCUGAUCGACUUCAGCGACGUGGACAUCCGUCUUCCGAUGCUGGUGUACAUGUCCCGCGAGAAGCGUCCCGGGUACGACCACAACAAGAAGGCUGGCGCCAUGAACGCCCUGGUGCGCUGCUCCGCCGUGAUGUCCAACGGGCCCUUCAUCCUCAACUUCGACUGCGACCACUACAUCAACUACGCGCAGGCCAUCCGCGAGGCCAUGUGCUUCGUGAUGGACCGCGGCGGCGAGCGCAUCGCGUACAUCCAGUUCCCGCAGCGCUUCGAGGGCAUCGACCCCUCCGACCGCUACGCCAACAACAACACCGUCUUCUUCGACGGCAACAUGCGCGCGCUGGACGGCCUGCAGGGCCCCAUGUACGUCGGCACAGGCUGCAUGUUCCGCCGCUUCGCGCUCUACGGCUUCGACCCGCCGCGCACAACCGAGUACACGGGCUGGCUCUUCAAGAAGAAGAAGGUGACGACGUUCGGCAAGGCGGACCAGGGCGAGACGGACACGCAGUCGCUCAACAGCAAGGGGGCGGAGGACUUCGACGCCGAGCUCACGUCGAUGCUUGUGCCCAGGCGGUUCGGCAACUCGUCGGCGCUGAUGGCGUCCAUCCCCGUGGCCGAGUUCCAGGCGCGACCGCUGGCGGACCACCCGGCCGUGCUGCACGGGCGGCCCCCCGGCUCGCUGACGGUGCCCCGGCCGCCGCUGGACCCGCCGACCGUGGCGGAGGCCGUGUCCGUCAUCUCCUGCUGGUACGAGGACAAGACGGAGUGGGGGGACCGCGUGGGCUGGAUCUACGGCUCCGUGACGGAGGACGUGGUGAGCGGCUACCGCAUGCACAACCGCGGGUGGCGCUCCGUCUACUGCAUCCCCAAGCGCGACGCGUUCCUGGGCACGGCGCCCAUCAACCUGACGGACCGCCUCCACCAGGUGCUGCGCUGGGCGACCGGGUCGGUGGAGAUAUUCUUCUCGCGGAACAACGCGUUCCUGGCGUCGCGGAGGCUCAUGUUCUUGCAGCGGGUGGCCUACCUCAAUGUCGGCAUCUACCCCUUCACCUCCAUCUUCCUGCUGGUCUACUGCUUCAUCCCGGCGCUGUCCCUCUUCUCGGGCUUCUUCAUCGUGCAGACGCUCAAUGUCGCCUUCCUCUGCUACCUGCUGACCAUCACCGUCACCCUCAUCGCGCUCGGCGUGCUCGAGGUCAAGUGGUCGGGCAUCGAGCUCGAGGACUGGUGGCGCAACGAGCAGUUCUGGCUCAUCUCGGGAACAAGCGCGCACCUGUACGCGGUGGUGCAGGGGCUGCUCAAGGUGAUGGCCGGCAUCGAGAUCUCCUUCACCCUCACGGCCAAGGCGGCCGUGGACGACAACGAGGACAUCUACGCCGACCUCUACGUGGUGAAGUGGUCGUCGCUGCUCAUCCCGCCCAUUACCAUCGGCAUGAUCAACGUCAUCGCCAUCGCCUUCGCCUUCGCGCGCACCGUCUACAGCGACAACCCGCGCUGGGGCAAGUUCAUCGGCGGCGGCUUCUUCAGCUUCUGGGUGCUGGCGCACCUCUACCCCUUCGCCAAGGGGCUCAUGGGCCGCCGCGGCAAGACACCCACCAUCGUCUUCGUUUGGUCGGGACUCAUCUCCAUCACCAUCUCCCUGCUCUGGGUCGCCAUCAGCCCGCCGGAGGCCAGCGCCGGCGGCCGCGGUGCUGGCUUCCAGUUUCCUUGACAACGACCGCCUAGCUUUAAUUUGUCAGAUGACAGUUCCGCCAUUCCUGAUGACGUGUACGUGUCACAAUUUCUAGUCUGCAGGCAUUUCAUCAUCAUGCAUUACAGAUUCCACCAUAUGAUCAGUGCUGCUGCACGUGUGCGAUAGUGAGCAAAGUAACUAGAUGUGUCAAACUUAUUGUGUUGAGUUUUCACUACUUUUUCUCUGGUAGGGUUAAUUUCUAUAGACAAAUUAAAUGGAAUUGUUCAGCUCGAACUGAACAGAAGAACAAAUCCAAGAUGUGUAUUCAUAUAAAAUUUAUUAUUAAGAAGUUGUUAUCCUUCUUUUUC